AUGUCCGGUAGAGGAAAAGGUGGUAAAGGUCUAGGUAAAGGUGGUGCCAAGCGUCACAGGAAGAUUCUAAGAGACAAUAUUCAAGGUAUCACCAAGCCUGCUAUCAGAAGACUUGCCAGAAGAGGUGGUGUCAAGCGUAUUUCCGGUUUGAUCUACGAAGAAGUCAGAGCCGUGCUAAAAUCGUUCUUGGAGUCCGUCAUCAGAGAUGCUGUCACCUACACUGAACACGCCAAGAGAAAGACCGUCACUUCGCUGGACGUUGUUUAUGCUUUGAAAAGACAAGGUAGAACCUUGUACGGUUUCGGUGGUUAA